GCUACAUUUCUGUGGUGAUGACACUCGCUAUUCAAGGUGAAGUUGCAUAGAACCAGCUUAAUCAGUAAUCAUAAACGCUCUGUAUAGCGUACACGCGAGCAAAGAAGCGAAGUGUCAAAUGAAGAAAUAGCCUGAGCAGGGGACAGCAUUACUACAAAGGGGGACACCAACAGAGAACCACUAUGCUCAAAGGAGGACCACUGUGUAUUGCUGCAGCUCUAGUUGUUUUUGCAGUGAGUGCAUAUUGCCAGCAACAGGCUGUCAUUGUAGUUGCUGACGAGGAAGUAUCUCAAAAUAAGAAUGAAAAAGAAAGCAGCAAACCUGAAGAGAACCCAACAAAACAAUUUCAAGCCACAAAUCAAUGGAAAGAAGUUAAGCCAGGCGAGGCCGUACCGGCUGGUCUGCAUGUACGAAUGAAUUUAGCAACAGGCCAUGCUGAAGCAAAAUUAAUGGAUGGAGAUCAAUCGAAGGAUGCGCAACAAUCCCACAGCUCUGGCAGCCAGGAUAACCGUUUGCUCCUGGAGCAAGCUAAAGAUGGGCCUUCCAUAAUGCUUUCUGAAAAGAAGGACCUACCAUGGAACAUGGAUGACCUGAAGAAGAAGAUGUCAAGCUUAAAGCUGGAGGCUAAGUCUGAGUCAGAAAUUCUUUAUAACCUGCUUGAGAACUACCACAAUGCCACUGAAGCAGGGAAGGAAGCUCUGUUGAGAGAUAUGGAGUUCCUUGUACACCAGUAUGACAGAGCUGUGGACUUUGUGAGGAUGGGUGGCCUUCUUGCCAUUGUACCGGAUCUAAACUCCACAUCUGACACUGUCCGUGAACUGGUGGCGUACACCCUUGGCUCGGCAUUGCAGGGGAACCCAAACGUGCAGAGAUCUGUGCUGGGCCAAGGGCUUUUGCCACAGCUACUGCGCCUCAUUGUGCUGGAUUCAUCAGUACGAGUACGACUGCGCUGCCUUUUUGCACUUUCAUGCCUGGUGCGCCAACUCCCAGAGGCUCAAGAAUCCCUGCUCCACCAUGGUGGGCUGACCGUGCUUGCAGGUCUCUUCACUGCACCGGACAGUUCACCCAAGUUACAGCUGAAGGCAGUUACACUCUUGCAUGACCUGGUCAUCGAGCAGCGCUUGAGGCAUGAAUCUGGCCAGCCAACUGACACAGAGCUGAUACAGAGCAUCCAGCUGCAUGGAUUCUGCAGCUUGGUGCCACGGCUUCUGCACAGCUCAGACGUAGAUGUUCAGGAGAAGGUGGUGCAAGCCAUGACUGCCCUUGCCGAUAUGUGCCUAGAAGAGUUCCAGAGGCAUGUGACAGAACUGCGAACUCUACUCAAUAACUACCAGAGGCAAGCACAUCAUGAGCACUUGUCAGAGGAUGCAGAUCACGCAGCUGACUACUAUGAGGGACUGCUUCAUUCUGUGACACAACUCCUGGACACCUUACAGCGGAAGCAGAAAGAUGAAUUGUGACCUGUCCUCUUGACUAUGAGAUUGUGGUGGCAACUUUGACUGUGAUAAUGUCUACCUAUGUCCAUAGUGUGGCUCUAAGUCAGCUGAGGUGUUUCUUCUAAGUAGCUCCUUUCAGGUGUAUCUGUGACACCAGUGACUACCGUCUCUCUUUCAGUGUCGGAGGUUUUUCUUAUUGCUCUGAGGCUCGUUGAUCUAUCAUUUAUCUGUCUUUGUCUGUGUUUGGGUCUUAAGAAAGUGCUGUCAUGUCUCAACUUGGUGUGCUUUCAAACACACCUGGUCCAAUUUGCAUGUUACAACUGGAGAAUAGAGCAGUCAAGUUUGUAUAUUUCUCUCACAUGUGGGCUUUCAUGUCUGUGAUGUCUCUUGUCAUUAUCAGUAGAAAUACACAGGCGCCAAUGUCUGGCCAUAUAAUACUGUCUGCAGGUUAUUAAAAUAGUACGCUUUAAAAAUUCUCAUUUUAAGAUGCAGGAGAGUGCACUUACAUGGGAAGAUUUAAACUACAAACAGUGUUGCAGCUACACUUUGAUGAAGCCUCAGUUCAAAAACACAUGCAUUCUUGUGCAGUGGGGGAAAAAAAAAAAGAAAUUGUGCAAAGGACUUGCACAGAAAAGCUUCGCAUGAGAAAGCAGGGCAUUUUAUAAAAUAAGGGAAGUUGUGGCAUCAAAAAAAGUUUGUUUUAAGAUAGGCUACUUGGUCUUUGAAGUAAGAGAGCACAGUAGUUGUCAUUAUAAGCAAAUCUUUUGUUAGUCUUUUUGAGACAUGUUAAUACUGAAAAGUUAAAUGCAGUCAUUUUCCAAUAGUGGGUUACAUUUAAAAUAAGUCUUUAGAGUGACCUUCUAGUCAAAGGACAGAAGUUGAGCACAAAAGAGACAAACACAACAUGGCUUGUGCAAUCUCUGUCUGUUUAAGGGUUUAACACAAUUUACAUUAUGCAAUAAUACCAACUGGGUUGGCUAUCCACCUUUUUACUCCUAGUUAUGUUGCUACUGAGCUGUGUGAAAUUCACUUACUUUUUGUUGAGCUCAGCUGACAUUUGUUCAUUGAAAUUCUCAAGUUAAGCAACUUUGAUGCCGGCAUCUGCUCUGUAUAUUUAAAAAACAUGCUCACGUUCGGCAACUUUAAUUAAAUUAAUGUGCCAGUCAUGGAUUGCCUUCUGCUGUUCAAUGUAUGGUUUAAUGUUUCAAUAAAUAGGUAAUUUAAUAAAGGUAA